AUGAAGGCCACUCUCAUCCUCGCCAUCUUCGCUGCUGCCGCCGCCGCCGCACCACAAGGUGCUAUCGCCAAGCGCCAAACCCAAAAACGCUGCGGUGCCGGCUCCGGCCUCACCUGCGCCACCGGCGAAACCUGCGUCGGUGAAUUCGGCUUCAAGGACGACCCGAAGGGUGUCUGCAUGAAGAAUGCCAUCAAAUGCGGUUCCACCCCCGCCGACCCAAACACCACCUGUCCCAAGGACAAAUCCUACAAAUGUAUCCCACGCGCCAACACCCUCCAAUGCCCCAUGGACGUAGCCUACUGCGGCUUCUGCGUCGAAAAGGCUGUUACCGACAUCGUCGGCAUUCGCAGCGAAGGUGUCAACCGAUGCGGUGGGAAAUCCGGAAAGAAGUGUUUCGAGAACCCAUCGAAUUUGGAGCUCUGCGCCGGUGAGGAUGCGCUUAAUGAUGGGAUGGGAGUUUGUUUGUCAUGGGGAUUCUCGAGGAAUUGUCAGUCUGAUGCGGACUGCAAUUUCCCUGGAUCUCCCAGCCAGAGCUUCUGUGUUACUAAUACUUGUCCUAAGGGAUUGGGACCUGAGGAGUGCACUGGAAAGGUCUGUUUGGAUGAGAAGUAUAUCAGGCAAUUUGGGUUGUCUAAGGUCUAA